GUGUUUCAUGUCAUGCUACGGAUACUGGAGGCAACCAAAGGCCUGUGCUUACCACUACCACCAGGUUUCCACACGCUGCUGUCGGUGCUGGGUGUGAAGUGUGUGUGUCGCCACUCGUUUCUCCAGCUGGUGGAUCAGAACUUACUGCAGCUUACAGAACCCUUCGUAUCACGCCUCAUGAAGGAUCUUGACAACAGUGAUGAGAACGAGGCGCUCAAGUUCAGCAUCCUGAAGAGACUACCUGAGUCCAUGCUGGCUCGUGUGUGUCAUCUGUGGGACCAUCCUGUGAGUUCGGCCUGCAUCUCUCGAGAAUACAUCAGGAUCCGACUGCACAACAGGGACAGGAGCGCGGAGUGCAGGGCGCUGGAUGACCGUGGCAACUCGUUCCUCUGGCCUGACUUCCUGCCUCUCUCCUACCUGACCAAAGCACUGCUGGACCAGGAGGAGAAAUGCCUGAAGAACCCCUUUGAGGAGCAGGAGACGGUUGACGGGCGAUUUGUGGAGGAGACGGCUCUCAAGCAGACGCUCAUCCAACUGGGGCUAGACGACAAGUAACAAGGGAUGAAGAGAGGAGAGGAGGAGGAGAGGAGAU